AUGGGGUCCAGGGAUGCUGCUGGAGCAAAGGCUAGCAACCGUGUUCGCGAUCCAAAAGAACACCGCGAAGAUUUGCGUUUUUCAUCUGGUUCUUCUUCUGAAUCAAGUAGAACUCCACCUCCAACUCGUCACAGCCGAGGGUCCAAGCCUAUCCGUGCCCUACCUGGCAAGUCCAGCCACGGCGACAAGGCAAUGGACAGAUCUAGGAGGUCCCGAAGAGUCCAGCAGCCGUUUUCUGGUAAUGCUCCAACAUCCGAGUCCAAAAUAUCCCCAACCCGUGGGCGGCUGUGGGGUUUUGAUUUGGACAAGUACGCCGGGAACUUCAAGAGCGCGGCCGACGAUUUCUUCAGGUGCUUGCUCCAUUUCAAGAAUGGUGACCCGAAGUUCAUGUUCUACAUUACGAAGGAGCAUGCGGAUGGCAGUUUUCAGACCACACCCCGCUUGAGCGAGAAGGCCCGGGGGUCGGCUUGGACUACCAAGGGCAAAAAUGCCCCUCUGAGAAAGAAUCAGAGAUGUCGGCAGCCCGAGUACUCUGGGAGGAUCCUUUUGUAUUAG